AUGUCAAUAUCAGGAUCAGUUGAGAAGAUGACUGGAACACAGGAUAUUUCUCCCGAAGAAAUGAUUGUCUUGAAUGAAAUUAAAGAAUUAAGUAAACAAUAUGGUAAUGAUGCUAUUGUCUCAUCGGUUAAUCCUGAUCAACUAUUGAAGUUAGCUACUGCUUUAUAUAAACAUGGUAUUGCCUCUAAUGAUCUAUUAGCUGGCGGAGACGAUGACGAUGACGAUGACGAUGACGAUGACGAUGAAGAAGAGCAAGAAGAAGAUUACGAAGAAGAAGACGGUGAGGAAGAUAUGGAAGAUGAACAAGAAGAUAAGAAAGAAUCUAUUAUGGACGAAAAAUUCUAUCAAUUUGGCCAUGAAGAAGAAGAAGAUUUACUAGAUGAGGAGGAGGAGGAAGAUGAGGAGGAGGAGGAAGAUGAGGAGGCGGAAGAUGAAGAAAAUAGAUUGGGAUUUGAACAAUUUAUUAUUGGUAGUCCAUUUGAAAAUUCAUUAAAUAUUUUAGAUAUUAUUAUUAAAUCUGCAAAGAAUGAUAAAUUAACAACUUUAUUAUUAAGUGACGCAUAUGACUUAGCAGGUAAUAAUCAUUUAGAAUUAGAAAAUUUUGAUGAAGCUAUCCCAUCAUAUGAGGAAGCAUUAAAUUUAUUAGAAAAACAUUAUAAAGACGAUAUUACUAAUGAAGAUAUAACAGAAGGUUUAUUAAAAUUAUGUGAAGCUUUAAAAUGGGCUCAAGAUACAAAAAAUUAUGAAAAAUAUUUAAAGAAAACAAUAAAACUAAUUGAAACAAGAAUAGAUAAAAGAAAAUCAAAAGAUAUUGAAAAGGAUAGGGAAACAUUAGUUGAAUUAAAAGAUGAUCUUGAAGAUAUUAAAGAAUCUCAAAUGGAUAUUAGAGAAAGACAUCCUGAAUUUGAUAGCGUAUUGAAACGUGCAUUAGGUCAAUUAUUAAGUCCGGAUGAAAUAUCAGCAGAAGCAGGAUCUGCUAUUAAUGAUUUAUCAUCAAUGAUUAAGAAGAAGAAACCAAAACACAAAUAA